AACUCCUGCUAGCCGACAAAUUCUCUAUUUGGAGCUCGUCUUAGCUAACGUUAGCUACUAUUAGCAACGUGUGUGCGCUAAAUUGUUAACAACCCAUUUUGGCGGUCUUAAAAUAUAUAUUUAAUAUAACGGCUCAUCUGUUUGCAGUUACUUUGAGUAAAUAUUCAUAAUUCCACUUUAGUCAGCGCUGUCACAUAGGCGGAAGACGCUAGUUGAAGUUAGCCGAGUGCUAACUUAGCAUGCCAGCUAUUCUAUGUGGUGAUGUAGGUGAUCGUUGAGGAGCAAGGGGAGUGCCGAAAAUAGGCAACAUUAGAGGACAGCGGAUCCCAGAUGGCGUUGGAGGAGUGGAAGCUUGGAAAUUAUUCCUGUUAGCUGCUUUAGCUUCGUUCCUGGUGAAAGUUGGCCUGUAGAUCUCAGCUUCAUUAGCUAACGAACUGGAAACUAACAAUCACCUCGUCCUUGUCACCAACCUUGUUUAGCCUGGAGUUGUUUACGCGAAUAAAACGUAAACAGAUGUAUUUACUGCGAUAUUACUAUAAAGUUUAUUCAGGAACAAUGCACUGGCUUGUCAGUUAACAUUUUGCCCAACGGUAGCUGGUUAGUUGCAAAGGUUAAUUCGGUGCUGGACGGCCUGUUUCCAUGUUUGUGUUGUUGCUGUGAACUUUGCUGUCAGUUGUCGUCAAGUUAUAUAUCUGAGAGAGUUGAGUAGUUGUCCUGAAUUUAAGAAACGCUUAUUAACUAAAUAAAAUGUUUGCCGGAUUAAAAGGCAGUUUGUUUGGAAAGCAGAACACGGACAAGUAUUUGUGUUCCCAGAUUUAAUUCCCUUUAACUCUUUCUCUGAGAUGAUUGAAUUUAGAGAUCUCAGCUGCCUUAACAAACAAAUCAGAGGUGUGAGCUGCGACGCGUGUUUAAAGGGCAACUUCAGAGGUCGACGGUACAAGUGUUUAAUUUGCUACGACUAUGACCUGUGUGCAUCAUGCUACGAAAGCGGUGCAACCACGACCAGACACACCACAGAACAUCCCAUGCAGUGUAUAUUAACAAGAGUUGACUUUGACCUGUACUAUGGCGGAGAGGCGUUCUCGGUGGAACAGCCUCAGGCCUUCACCUGUCCCUACUGCGGCAGGAUGGGCUACACAGAGAUCUCCCUGCAGGAGCAUGUGGCUGCAGAGCACACAGAAACCUCCACUGAAGUGAUAUGCCCCAUAUGUGCAGCACUGCCAGGUGGCGACCCAAAUCACGUGACGGAUGACUUUGCUGCUCAUCUCACACUUGAACACAGAGCCCCGAGAGACUUGGAUGAGUCCAGCGGGGUACGGCAUGUGAGAAGGAUGUUUCACCCCGGGCGCGGGUUGGGCGGCCCGCGAGCCCGCAGGUCUAACAUGCAUUUCACCAGCAGCUCCACAGGGGGGCUCUCCACCGGUCAGAGCUCCUCACAGAGCUCCAACUACAGCAGAGAGGCCAUGGAUCCCAUAGCAGAGCUCCUGUCCCAGUUGUCGGGGGUACGGCGUUCGGCGGGGGGCCAGCUCAGUUCGGGUCCCUCCGCCUCGCAGCUCCAGCAGCUUCAGAUGCAACUCCAGCUGGAGCGCCAGCAGGCGCAGGUGGCGCGCCAGCAGCUGGAGACGGCCCGAAACGCCAGCCGAGGUGGAGGCCGAACCAACGCAAUCCUCAACACAAAUUCAACCGUUGCAAACCCCAACCCCAGCGCCAACCACACCAACAACCCCAACCCCCACCCAGGGGCAACUGAGCCCAACACACAACACACGGCACACAGCUCCCAGUUUCUACUCAGCAGGCUGAGCGAACCGCGGCUGUCUGAGGUGGAGCGGCAAGCGUGUGAGGCCCAGUGGGCUGACAGGAGCCUGUUCGUCACUGAGCUGCUGCUCUCCACUCUGCUGCCCGACGACGACGCCUCGGCCUCUUCCUCCGAAGACGAGGAUGAUUGUCAUGGCUCGUUGCGAAACUUCGCCGACUUCGAGGCCAUGGGCUGCGUGGAGGUGAUGACGUUGGACGUGGCCCUGGAGAACCUCAACCUCAAGGAGAUGAGCCCCGCCCCGAAGAAGACGAAACCGGCGACUAAAACGGCACCCGCCAAGAAAGAGCCCCCCGCGCCACCCCUUUGAUGACAUGGCCGCUCCCUUUCCCCCUUCAAUCCACCAUUGUGACUAGCCGACUGCUCCGUCAGUCCAACUGCCAAUGGAUGACAAAGACUGCAGUUCUUCAUGGCUUGUUUUUUGUUUUUGUUUUUUUCUCAGUGAUUGUCAUUUCAGUUCUGUCGCUCCCCAACUCCACCCCAUGUUUUACUUUGUGUACGUUGAAUAAAAGUAGUGAGACGAGAGAAUGUGAAAGCAAGCAAGCGUGUCGGGUGUGUGAGACAAAAGAAGAGAACUAUAUAAAUAUAUUAUAAAAAAAAAAAAAACUCUAUAUGAAAGUUGAUAAUCAGUCCCACAUAACCCGUGUUUCCUCUAGCAGAAAGCGUAAUCCGCUGUUUUCCAGAGACAAAACCUUGUCACACACUCACAGAAGGAGAGGAGGCCGACUGAAACCCCUCCGCUUAAUAAAAAAAAACAA